AUGGGUCUCGAACAUGAAACAGUGAGACGUUUAAGAUUAUUCAGUUAUUACAAAAAGCACGAAGCCAUUCAAGAGGUCCUCAAGCAAAUUAACGCCGUUAGAAUUUUGACGGACAGUAUCGAAAAGAACAGGGAUAAAAAGUCAUCGCCCAGUUCGAUCAAUGCUAUCGUAAUUCUGUACUCGAUAACAUUCGUCCUGAUCUUGAGCAAGGUGGUUUUGCACGUGACAUUUUGCAUGUACCAGGGUAGCUGGGACUUUGAGGAUUUUGGCGACCAUAUGCUGGACCUGUUGAUGCACGGCAUGACUAUGCAUUACAUCACCACCGUCGGCGUUUGUCACGCUGCAUUCAAAGCCAUCAAUGGCAGCUUACUUUCUCUAUUAAAGCGCUUCAAUUUGCUUUUCAGUAGAAAAAUCGUACUUUCGAAGGAAAAACCCAGCCUGAUUUACAACAUUAUGGACCAGCAGCAGCCGCGAGAAAUCUCGAUCUACCGCAAUUACAAUAAUGCCCGCUUCAACAAGCAAGUGACGAAAUUGAAGACGUAUUACGCCGUCGUGGUUAAGCUGGCCCAGAAUCUCUCGAGCUUGUACCAGACGGUCUUGUUUCUCUGCGUGUUCCACUACUUCAUAACCAUAAUCAGCAGCUCCUACACAUUGGUCGAGAUCGUCGUUUGCAGUAGCUGCCCGUUGACGCCGAUACUCAAUAUAUGCAAGCACUUGUUCAAUAUCAUUUUCCACUUAAUUUCCUUGGUCAUGCUGACGGGCUUGGCAACUGUCACCUUGAAGGAGAGCAGUCGUACCGGCAAAAUCAUAAGCGAAAGUAUAAUAGUCAACGAUUACGAUGAACCGACCGAACAACGAUUGUGCCAUAUACUCGAUUAUCUGACCUGCAACGAUAUACACUUUUCUGUUCACGGAUAUUACGACAUAAACGACGAUUUAGUCGUUCCAUUUGUUGGUACCAUUUGUACUUAUGUGAUAUUAAUGGUACAGUUCUUUUAA